AUGACCAACACUGCAUCGCAUCCGAAAGUUCUCGUCGUUUGUCUCGGAAAUAUCUGCCGUUCGCCGAUGGGCGAAGCCGUUCUCCGACAUGUCGCGAAAGAGCGCGGUGUCCAAAUCGAAGUGGACAGUUGUGGAACGGCGGGCUAUCAUAUCGGAGAAGAACCCGAUGAGCGAACUGUAUCCACUUGCCGCAAGUACAAUGUACCGAUAGAGCACGAGGCACGGCAAGUACACAGACAGGACUUCUAUAGGUUUACGCACCUGCUUGCCUCCGACGAGAAUAACUUGCGCAACCUGAACAGCAUAAGGCCAAAAGAUGCGACAGCGGAGGUCAAACUUUGGGGAUCAUACCUGGAUGGCAAGCCCAUCGCUGAUCCGUACUAUGGCGGCAUUAACGGGUUCGAGAAGGUUUAUGAUCAGUGUACCAAGUUAUCGCAUGCGUUCUUGGAUAGCCUGUCGAGCCCGUCUUCCAACCUUUAG